CACACAAUAUUCGCAUAAAGAAAGAACUAAAGCAAAAACAAGACGCUCCGAAGAGAAGAAAAGAAAGACUAUGGCAGAAACUCAGUACUGCGUACCAAUAAUGGAAGACGAAAUAGAAAUAAACGAUGACUUCGAGAACUUUGAAGCUCCCAAGUUCGUGGAUUUCACCGCACCUGAUUCUUGCCGUCCCGGCGAUGACAGCCACUGGUUCUGCUCACGUGUUGGAUGUGACCGAAAGCAUGAGCAAGAGUUGGAUUCUGAAACUAUUUACAAGAAGUUUAUUCUUAGGGUUAUGGCUGCAAGAAGUCCCAAUGUACGCCUCAAAAAAGCUUUGAAAAAAAGAGAAGCAAGCGCAAAUUUGAAGUGCCCCCAUUCAGCUCCUGCAAAGUCAAGGGUGUCAAGGAUGAACUUUAUUUCGUCAUCAUCACACAAGAUGACCGACAAGAACGUCCAAGUUAAACCUCUUUCUAAGGUUGCAGCAACCCCCAAUGCUAAGGUGAGACCAUCACCUCCGGUGACCACUCCAAGGAAUAAUCAAAAGAAGGUUUCCAAUGUAGAACCGUUUAGAAGUGUUCAGAGCAAGAAAAUGUUCACUGUUGAUGUGCCUAAGAGCAGAGUGGUGUCUAAGGCUCUUGUUUUUCACUCGCCUAAGAAGGUCAUAAAGAUCAAGAGUUCUAUGGAAUUAAAAACACCAAUGAGAGCACUGUGUUCAGCAAUGAAAAAGCUUGAACUCAAUGGAGUCAAGAAGAAUGAAGAAAAAGGAAGCAACUCUUUGCCAGUGACUGCCUCCAAAAAGCAAUUGAGGGGAAGAGAGGUUAAGAGCCGUGUGUUUGAUUCCUUGAGUUCUAAUAACCGUAAGGAACCAGAAACUAACUCCAUGUCAAGUUUGAAGGAGAAGAAAGUGAAGAAAGGCACUCAGAAACGACAGGUUGCUAAGCCUCAUCAAAAUGACUCUAAUGAUAUGGAGAUAGAUGAGAAAUCUAGAUGUGCGAGUGGUGCUGAACUAUCUCUUGGAGAUGUAAUUUCCCAAGAACCAACAAGAGGGGAGAGCUUAGUUAUAGUUCAAGUUUUGUCAGAAGCUUCGGAAUGUGACACUACCUCACUGUCAAAUUCCAACAAUAAAGAGAAAAUGACUAAAGAAAGGAGUGAAAAUGAAGAGAUGAGGAACUCGGUUUCUGCAAAGGGAAAAGUUUCUGAAUCCACCAAGAGAAAGGCUGAAGAAAAAUCAUUGGCUUGUUCUGAUGACAAAGAAAAUGGGAGGCAGCUCAUUGAAAAUGAUGACAAGGAAAAUGCUUCAAUAGUUCAUGAAAAUAUAGAGAUGAGUACCGAUAACGACGUGCCAAAAAAGAAAGCUAUUCUUGGGAGCAAGCAUGAGUAUGAUUCGAGAAAAACACAAAAGAAAUCUUCAUCGACCACAACUGCUUCUCCAGUUGUGAAUUACAGAAAAUUACAGCCCACAAAUCCCAAGCCUUUUAAGCUGAGAACUGAUGAAAGGGGAAUUCUUAAAGAAGCAAACUUGGAUAGAAAAUUUCUCUCACCUUUAAAAGAAACCGCAGUUAAAGGUGGUGGGAUGGCAAUGGGGAAACAUCAGAUUGUAAACCGAAAAAGUGAAACUAUUUACACAAAAAGUGAAUCAGACACUGAUUAUUAUAGAAGUUUUGAUGAGAAAUCACGCCCAAAAACACAGGAAAACCAAUCUGGUGGCAUUCAAAUUGACAACUCCCGCUGCAAGGUGCAACGUAAAUUAUCUGCUACAACACCUUAUAAAAAAGAUCCUCAGAAACCCAAUGAUGUGAAUGAUAAAUUCAAAAGAAAAUCCGAAAUGACGCAGCGUAAAGUUCUGAGGCCUCUGAGUGCUUUACCAAGGAAGAAAGAAAAGGUUGUCAAUGCAACAAAACUUAGUGUUAUUAUCGAAAAGCCAUCAGGUAUUGUGAAGCCAAAGGCAGCAAAGCCACGUUCUUGGGGUAGGAAGGCAUUAACUGUUCCUAUCGAACCAAAGUUUCACCGUCUACAUGUGCCAAAGGAUUGCAACAACAGGAAACACACUUGAGAAAUUAUUUAUUGGGGACGGAGUGGCGUUGUUCAAUAUCAUCAUUGAAUUUAGUUAACGUGGAGAGAACUUUUUUUUUUGUUACCACAGCAUUAAAAUCUGUGGUAAUUAUAAGUUCAGACACGAUUCUUUUGUACUACUAUUCCUUUUUUUUAUUUUUAGUAGUUAACGUGGAGAGAACAUUUUUUUGUUACCACAGCAUUAAAACGUGGUAAUUGUAAGUUG